AUGAAUAGCUUGUCCGAUUCCUCAACUACUCCGCUAACUGACUACAGUGAUUGUGACAAAUUUGGGAGUGAUGUUGAAGAUGGAGGAAACCCUUCGAUUUCAACAGAAGCAAAGUGCCUUAACAUGCCCUCAAAACCUUGUACGGUGGACGAGGAUUCGCACUUUCUGCCCACAUUUGAUAGAAGUGAGAAGCAAACUAGAAGACGGGGCAUCCGCUACCCCACCAGAGCCUUUGAAGAGGGUGGCGACUUCUACUUCUCAAAAAUUAAAACCUUCGAUCAAGAUGAGCUUAUCAACUCUAUGUCUAGUCGCAAAAAGGAAAGGAGAGAAGAACGUCGUACGAAAAGGCUGGCAAAUCUAGGCAUAUUUGUUGGAAAGUCUUCUUUGAAGUUGCUGAAGAAGGCGCAGCAUUUUGACGAAUACGCGUCAAAUUUGGAGUUAGAAAAUCAAGAAAAAGCUGUGGAGUUGAAACAGCGCAGGGCUUGGCAGUUGGCUCAUUUAAAAGCUCAAGGUGUCAAAGUAAAAACUGAUUUGUCAAAGAUACAAAGAUCGGCCCGUAGGGCUAGAAAACUGAAGCAGAAGAGUUCAAGCAGGUGGCAGGAACGCAGUAGAAAGGUUCAAGAGGAACGUGCCAUGAAGCAGAGGAAACGGCAACGGAAUCUACAGCGGCGGCGUGAUGCUAAGCUCGCGAAGAAGUAUAAAAGGUUGGUUAAAAAGGGUCACAUUCUACCGCAACUACCGAAGGAGUAA